AAAUUAAAUUUUAAUAAAUUUCCUAUUCUAUCUAUUUUAGCAAGGCAUUAUUUAGCUAUUCCUGCUACCUCUGCUGCAAUAGAAAGUGUUUUUUCUAUUUCGAAUAAUAUUAUUACUAAAUUAAGAAAUAGGCUUAAGCCUAGUUUUGUCAAGGAAAUAAUAUUAUUAAAAAACUAG